UAGGGUUGGAGAAGAUUCCUCGAAACGAAGGCAAGCUGCUCUUUGUGGGCAACCACACCAUCUUCGGCAUCUAUGACAUGUCUCCCUCGGGCGUGCUACCAGCUGCUGAGGGAGGGCGAGAACAUGCUGUUAUACCCGGGGGCGGCAGGGAGGUUGCGAAGAGGAAAGGAGAGAAGUACAAGCUCAUGUGGCGCGACACGACUGAUUUUGUGCGCAUUGCGAUUCGCUGUGGGGCCACCAUCGUGCCGUUCUCAACCAUAGGGGUGGAGGACGCCUUCGACGUGCUCAUGGACCCGGAGGAAAUCAUGGCGUCCCCUCUCGGCCCCUGGUUGAAGCCAGCACUCCAAGCCACCGGCUUGCACACAGCGCCCUUCCCCUCGCCUCCAACGCUGGCCUGCUGCCCGCCCCGAGCGCCUCUACUUCCUCUUCAGCGACCCCAUUCGCACAGACGACCUUGACCCGAGUAUCGUGCGCAAUAAGGAGGAGUGCAGCAGAAUAUACCAGGAGGUACGGGGUAGGGUGGAGAGUGGAAUAGAGCAGCUUAUGAAGGUUCGCCAGGAGGACCCCCUGCGAGAAACACUCCCUCGGAUAGCGGUCAACCUUUUGGACGGCUGGGAUGGCACUUGACCAACUCUUCUGGUUUAGAUUAUUUCGAUGGGAGCUGUGUGAACUGUGCAACUGCGCAGACGAAGCCGCACAGAUUCGUUCUGUUCAUUUCUUUACUACAUGCUGCUGAAAGGAGUAAUACCGGAAUGGUAGGACUACUCUUUCUGUCGUUGCAGAUCGUACCGUAUUCCCAACACCCUAGGGUAUCGUCAAAAUUUCAUUAAAAAAACGUAUGGGUGUUAUCAGUAGGCUGGAAAAAUAUUAAGCCCAUGUCUUAUGGAAAAAUGCA